GACAAGGCGACAAUCUCUGUCCAUUUCCAGAUCUCGAAACUUUUUAACUCAAAUUUGUAACUCUUGUAGUCUACAAUGUACUCAAUUUUGUAUACACAUAAAUACAGUAUUUCUAGGGUUUUCAGGCACUAAAUUUGGAGAAGUCGCUACACUGCAUUCGAAGAGUAAAAUGGGGAGUGUAAUGGUUGAGUUGAUGUUUCCGUUGAUUUGGUUGCUGCCUAUGGUUGGAGCUUCCAUUAGUCUUCUCUCUCCCAAGGGAGUCAACUAUGAAGUGGCUGCAUUGAUGUCUGUGAAGAGUAAAAUGAGAGAUGAAUAUCAUGUGCUUGAUGGAUGGGAUAUAAAUUCCGUUGAUCCUUGCACUUGGAACAUGGUUGGUUGCUCUCCUGAGGGUUUCGUCAUUUCUCUGGAAAUGGCUAGUGUGGGCUUAUCAGGAACCCUCUCGCCGAGCAUUGGCAAUUUGAGUCGCCUUCAGACAAUGCUAUUGCAGAACAAUCAGUUAUCUGGUUUAAUCCCAGCUGAGAUUGGGAAGCUUUCAGAAAUCCAAACUCUUGACCUUUCGGGUAAUCAGUUCGUUGGUGAAAUUCCAAGCUCUUUGGGUUACCUGACACAUUUAAGUUACUUGCGGCUCAGCAAAAACAAGUUGUCCGGACAGAUUCCUAGACCUGUUGCAAACCUUAAAGGCCUCACAUUUCUGGACCUAUCAUUCAAUAACCUUAGUGGCCCCACACCAAAAAUACUAGCUCAAGGCUACAGCAUUACGGGGAACAGCUUUCUUUGCUCCGCAUCAUCCCCACAAGUCUGCAUGGAUGUUCCAAAACCAGUAAACAAUGCAAGUUCAUACCCGAAAGUCAGCAGUCCUCGUCGAUGGGUUGUUUCUGUUGUCAUUGGGGUCAGUUGCACAUUUGUGGUUUCUGUGAUGCUGCUUGUUUGUUGGGUGCAUUGGUACAGAUCUCGUCUUCUAUCUACAUCCUAUGUGCAGCAAGAUUAUGAAUUCAAUAUUGAUCAUUUAAAGAGGUUCUCGUUUCGUGAAUUGCAAAUUGCUACUGGCAAUUUUAGUUCCAAAAACAUCCUAGGACAAGGUGGUUUUGGAAUUGUCUAUAAAGGAUGUCUUCCGAACAGGACAGUAGUUGCAGUCAAAAGGCUGAAAGAUCCCAAUUUCACUGGAGAAGUGCAGUUCCAAACUGAAGUUGAAAUGAUAGGCUUAGCUUUGCAUCGAAACCUUCUACAGCUAUACGGAUUCUGUAUGACAAGUAACGAGAGAUUGCUUGUAUAUCCUUACAUGCCAAAUGGGAGCGUUGCCGAUCGCUUGAGAGAAACUGGUGGGGAAAGGCCAUCUUUAGAUUGGAACAAACGCAUGCACAUUGCAAUUGGAGCUGCUCGUGGACUUCUAUACUUGCAUGAACAAUGCAAUCCGAAAAUAAUUCACAGGGAUGUUAAAGCUGCAAACAUAUUGCUGGAUGAAAGCUUUGAAGCGGUUGUUGGAGAUUUUGGUCUUGCUAAGCUGUUGGACUGUAGGGAUUCACAUGUCACGACUGCGGUGCGGGGUACUGUAGGACACAUUGCUCCUGAGUAUCUUUCAACUGGACAGUCAUCUGAGAAAACAGAUGUCUUUGGAUUUGGCAUUUUGCUUUUAGAGCUCAUAACAGGGCAGAAGGCAUUGGAUGCUGGAAAUGGUCAGGUUCAGAAAGGAAUGAUCCUUGAUUGGGUUCGAACCUUAUUUGAGGAGAAGAGACUAGAAGUGCUGGUAGAUAGGGAUUUGAAGGGAUGUUUCAAUGCAGAAGAGCUAGAAAAAAUGGUGGAAGUGGCUUUGCUGUGUACUCAGUCGCUCCCCAACCUUCGUCCGAAGAUGUCAGAAGUCCUGAAGGUCCUGGAAAGUAUGGUUGGACAGCCAGGGCACACAGAAGAACCAGUAGGUGGAAACAACCUUUCUGAGGGAAGGACUUGUAGUUUCUGUAGGAAUUUCAGUGAUGUCCAUGAAGAGUCUUCGUUCAUCAUUGAAGCAAUAGAGCUUUCUGGUCCUCGGUGACAGAAUAUGGUAGUAUAAUUCAUGAUGACUACAUGCCUUCUUCCUGACUCGUUUAUAGAAGUUCUGCAUUUUUUGGGUAAGCUUCCUAAUGGUGCAAGUGGAUAUCAUUUGUGACUUGGUCACAAGACCCUCCAGUCCAGUACAUACAGGCGAGAAAUGUUAACUAUAACAAGUGUAGAUAUUGAAACUCGAAGCAUAUUUCUAUUAAGAAAUUUUGGUCAUCUUGAGUAUGUAUUUGUGCUACUAUUUAAAGGAAGAUUCAAAUAUUUCUUUUUGUAUCAUGAAUACACACAA